AUGGGCGACAUACGCAACGCCCUGCUAGUCGUCGCCGCGCUCAUCGCGAGCGCAACCUACCAAGCUAUGCAUCAGCCUCCCAGCUUUACAACAAAAGUCAACAGUAGUUCCACGAAGGGCUUCCUCACAUCUGAUGCAUCUUGGAUGACCGGACCUUUUGGCAGGGAAUUAGCGUACAUCGCCUUCAUGAGUGGCAACACAUUCGGACUUUUGGUGUCAGUCCAGAUGAUCAUUUGCCUCACCAAAGAUCUCCCCAUUAGGCUGCCGCUGUUACUUUCCGUGACUGCAAUGGUUCAAACUUACUAUUGCUCGAUGUAUUACAUACCAUUCACAUUCCAGGUGAAGUAG